AUCUUGGCAACUUCUGGGCAGCGGCCUGCGAGAAACUAAAAAAAAAAUAUCACAGAAAGGGACCAACUCGAAGGAUAUAACUUGUAGCCAUUACUGGCAAACAUCUAUAUGUGUAUUUUUUUUAAAAAAAUUUGCUAGUUUAAAAUCUAUUUGACACCUUGGCGAUUGUAGUUGGCAUGACGGAUCAGUGUUACAUGUUUAUUACACUCUUUGUUAUUUAACUUUAGUGGUUAGAAUAUUAAACAUUUUAUGUUUGAACUUACUGAUGUUAUGACACUUCGUAAAGAACAUCGUAUUGUUGGCUCACUGAUGGGAAUAUGCCCUCUUAAACCAUUUCAAGUGCAAACUAAAUGGUUACCAUUACAACUCAUGCCAGAAGAAGCAAGACUAUUACUUGACAAAGGUAUAGUUAAAUUACUACAAAGUCCAGACACAAUUACUGACCCUAGUUUGAUUGAAUCAUACUUUUCUAAACGGGAUGAACUUUGCAAAGAACAGGCUGCUAUUCUGAAAGAAAACAGAAAAAAGGAAAUAAUCAGUAAAGCAGAUGAAAUAUAUGCUGGAAAAAAGAGAAAACAUUUGGAAAAUAAAGUUGACGGUAAAGAAAAAACUAAAAAAACAAAUUCUGCCGAAGAAUUAUCUUCCAGCGAUAAUAAUGACAAAUCCAGUUCUGCUGUAGAUAAAAGUAAUGAAUGGAAAGAAUCACCAGAAAAAUCAAAAGAACUGAGUGGUAUUGAGGAAAAUAUAGAUGGAGGGUCAAAAUCAUCUGCACUUUGUGCUGGUGAUGACAGACAGGAACUUUUAUCUCAAAGUAGUUGUAAAGAUGAUUCUAAUGUUUGUGAUUCCAUUAGCAAAGAAGAUACAAAGCUUUCUGAUUCGUCAGAAGUGCUAGACAAAGAAAAAAUUAUCGAGACGGAAAUUGCUAAAAUUCCAGAAGUCAAUAAAGAAUUGUGUAUGGUACAGUUGUUUACAGAAUGUCCUUGGAAAAACAUGUCAGCAUUUGGAAAGUUGGUAUAUCCUUUCUCGGAAACAGAGAAAUUAAGAUAUGCAGUCUUUAGAGAUCUAUGGGAAAAAGGUUAUUACAUUACAAGUGGGUUGAAGUUUGGAGGUGAUUUUCUUGUUUACGAAGGUGAUCCCAUAAAAUAUCAUGCUGUAUUUAUUGUUGUUUGUGUUCUUUUUUCUGCAAAAUUUCAAGCAUUGGAUGUUUUGAUGUAUGGACGAUUAGGUCAUCAAGUGAAAAAAACAGUUGCUUUGGCAUCUUUUAAUGAAUCUGGAAAUGUUGAUUAUAUUUCUGUCAGUUGGGCUAAUGAUUUAUCUUGAAGAUUUGACUUAAUAAAAUAUCUAUUUGUAAAUACA